CUCGCUUCAAACUGUGGGCGUUUAAAAAGAAGCAGCGUUUUUAAGUAUGAGAACGACUCAAUCAAAGAAUUUGGAAGGUUGCCUGAAUCAAGAAGAGCAGCUGUAGACACCAGCAGCUGGAUUUCACUACCAUCCUGAUGCACAGCACCCUCUCAGACUGACGGGUUUUCUCUGGCAGCAAACUGGCAGAGAGAAAGAGAGCUCACACAGGUGGGCCAGUGAUUAUAGAUUAUAGAUUUGGAGAUUACAGGACAACAGCAGGUCAGGCUACAUUGCCUUGUUGAAAUCCGUGUUCUCCACCUCACCAAUUCUCUUAAGAGCUGUUAUUGUGAAAUUGGCGAGCGAGUUCUGCGACGCAACACAUUUACAAGCACUCGGCUGAUCACAUACUCCACUAGCUGUUAGACAGAUGCAGUGUUAGAAGAAAAUCGGAUGAAUCUUCAAGCUACUUUCAUUGAAGACACCGUAAAGAUCAAGGAACUAGCAUGGUGGCAUGUCUGUGCAUUUAAAGUAACUACUGCCGAAUGAAUGAGAUGGAAAUAGUUUUGAGAGUGUUGUAGAAUGUAAAACUAUUCAAGAUGUUUGCAAAAGAGCUUCAUUACAAGUCUGUGAGAAAACUCCACCCUUUUCCACCUCUGGCUGCAAAGUUCGACAUUGUGGCUUGCUAGACGGAGCAUACGGGCGCGAACAAACCGGAUUAGAGUGACAAACUUGGACUCAUAGAGGACUGUAAUGGAACAGACACAGAUGACAGCCUAGCUUGUCUGGCACUGAGACGUCAAAACCACAGAGGGGACUAUUCCUCCAACUGUCGCUGCUGGGAGAAUAGAGUCGAUCACACACACGCCUACAAGCAGACUGUUUUUUAGAGGUGAAAGACUGGUGUGUGUUUGAACCGUGGCAGUAUAGACAGUUCAAAAGCGUGAGAGAGAGAGUUGGAGGAGAUCACAUAGUGUAGGGGGAAGAGAGCGAAAAUAAAGAGCGCUAAAAAGGUGCCACAGCAGUGGUGACACAUUAAAAGAGAAGACUGACAGACUGGAGAUCAGCAGUGGCAGUUCACAGGUGGACAGUUUUGUGAGAUUCACACACUUUUGGGUUUAAAACCUGUAGCUCAGUACGCCGAGUAGUACUGAGUCCAGUUUGGGCACGGUGGCAGGAGCCGGUUCAUGGGAGUGGGGCGGGCGCAUGCCGUCUGUGCCUCCGCAGCGAGAGGGACGCUUCAGCUUGGGAUGGGGUUGGGGUUGGGCCGCAUGGGCUCGGGCUCAGAGGACGGGUGAGCUGAGACCCUGGGUGGCCGCCGGAGUCGGACCAGCAGUGGCAGGAGAACGCGGGGGUAAACGAUGCUCCCUUCGCUUCUGCGUGGUCUUGGGAUCCCUUGCCCUCCUGUUCCUCACCUCACUCUUCUUCUCCUUCUCGCUGAGAGGAGGAGCCGGCUUGCCUUAUUUGGAACCCCCGGGAUGGGAAGAGUCUCACAGAGUUAAGCUAGUGCCCAGCUACGCCAGUUCCCACCUUGUCAUCCCGGCUGAGAGCUCUCAGCAGAAGACAUGUGCCUGCUCUCAGUGCGUGGGCGACCCAGGCAUUUCUGACUGGUUCGACGAGAACUAUGACCCGGACAUCUCGCCUGUGUGGAUUCGGGACAACAUCCAGCUGCCUUCAGACGUGUACUACUGGUGGGUGAUGUUGCAGCCUCAAUUCAAACCCCACAACAUCCAGCAAGUUCUACAGAGGCUGUUCCAGGUCAUUCCAGGCCGUUCCCCAUAUGGUUCGUGGGACCCUGCCCGCUGUCUGCGCUGUGCCGUGGUGGGAAAUUCGGGCAACCUCCGGGAGGCAGGUUACGGUCCAGUGAUUGAUGGCCACGACUUCAUCAUGAGGAUGAACCUGGCUCCCACUGUAGGGUACGAAGAGGAUGCCGGCAGCCGUACCACACACCACUUCAUGUACCCAGAAAGUGCCAAAAACCUGGCGGCCAACGUUAGCUUUGUGCUGGUGCCCUUCAAGACUCUCGACUUGUUGUGGAUCACCAGUGCUCUCUCCUCCGGCCAGAUCCGCUUCACUUACGCUCCAGUGAAGCAGUUUCUGCGUGUGGAUAAAGACAAGGUUCAGAUCUUCAAUGGGCAUUUUGUGUCUUUCUUAUGA